GAAAGAGAGGGUUUGCACCUGGCCCUGCCGUGCCGACCCCGGCCAGCCUCGGCAGCCGCCCGGCCCACGCCGUGCCCGCAGCCCCGGCUCUGCCGCGCUCGUCCCUGCCAAGUCCGGCGCAGCGCCCCCCUCAGGCCGCGCGCCGCCGGCGCAGCCGCGGCCGUUGCGCUCCGGCCGUUGCGCUCCGGCCGUUGUGGCACCAGUCGGCGAUCAGCGCCAUGGCAGAGCUGCCGCUGCCCGCCGGGCUCAGCGCCAGCACCUUCCCCGCCAAGCUGUGGCGCCUGGUGAACAGCCCCCGCGUCCACUCCGUGCGCUGGGACAGCCGGGCCCGGGGACUGCUCAUCGACCGCUCCCUUUUCGAGCGGGAGCUGCUCAGCCCGGGCGACGCCCAGGGGCCGGCCCCGCACACCUUCAGGGCCACGCAGUUCCGCAGCUUCGUGCGCCAGCUCUACCGCUACGGCUUCCACAAGGUGCCGGGCUGGGUUGGCUCGGCUGCGCCGGGCGAUGCCGGGACCUGGCUCCACUACAGCAACCCCUGCUUUCGCCGCGACCGCCCCGACCUCCUGCUCCGCAUCAGGCGCCGGAGCGCGGCCAACAGGCGGCGGCCGGCGGCGGGGCAGGAGGGCCGCAGGCGCCCGCCCUGCGGCUCCCAGCAGCUCCCCGGGGCGCGGCCGCUGCCGGACGGGCGGGACGGGCGCAGUCGCUUCCAGCCGCUCUCCAGGGAGCGGCCGCCGCUGCCGCCCGGGCGCCCGCCCAGCGGCUUCCUCCUGCUGCACAGGGAACGGACGCUGCCGGACGGGCGGGAGCUGCGCAGUCCCCGGCCCGGCCGCUUCCAGCAGCCCCCCGGGGAGCGGCCGCUGCUCGCCCGGCGCCCGCCCUGCAGCUUCCACCUGCUGCACAGGGACCGGCCGGUGCCGGCCCGGCGGGAGGGGCCGAGCCGCUUCCGGGAGCUCUAUGGGGAGCAGCCGCUGCCCGCCGAGCGGGAGGUGCUACGGGUCCCGCCCUGCGAGUUGCUCGCUUUCCACGGGGAGCCGCUGCUGCCGCUCGGGCGGGAGGGGCCCCGCAGCCGCUUCCAGGAGCUCUGCGGGGGGCAGCUGCCUCCGAUCGACCGGGAGGUGCUCAGGAUCCCGCCCUGCAGCUUCCAGCAUCUCCACAGGGAGCAGCAGCCCCCAGCCUACGACCCACGAGCCACCUCAGACACUUCAGCCCCCAGCGCUCCAUCUAGCAGUGCAGGCUGUGCAGCAUCGAUGGCCUCCAGCUCAGCCUGGAAUGCACCUGAGGAAAAGGAAUGGCCACCAGUGGAUCUUGGCUUUGCUGUAGAGCAAAUGAUCCAGGAGAUCAGGAGAUCCCUGCCUGAAAGGUCUCCCUCUGCUCAGGGCAAUAUUAAUGUUGCCCCUGAGUCUUCAGGAGGGGAGCCUGUGAACCGGGCUGCAGCAGAGGAAACUUCAUCAGGCACGGAGAGCUGCGGGAACAGUUCCCCAGAGCCCGAGGAGCUUGAUCCCGUGUGAUCAGCUUCUCCAGGAGGGCUGCCCUGUGUGGCAGGAAGAGACAGAGGGAGAGCCUGUGACCACUGGGCAGGUGAAAUUCCUCUAUCUCUAGUUAUAUUUAUAGAUGUAUAUAGUUAUAUUUAUUGAUCUAUGUAGUUGUGUUUAGAGAUUUAUGUAGUUAUAUUUAUCUAUCUAUAUAGAAAGAGAUUUGUAUAGUUAAUUUAUUUUUAGUUUUAGGUGUAUAUAUUUAUAUUUUUAGAUGUGCAGUUAUAGUUAUAGAUGUCCAUAGUUGCAUUUAUACAUGUGUAUAGUUACAUUUACAUAUAUAUAGUUUCAUUUAUAGAUAGGCAUAUUUAUAUUGAUAUAUGGGGGCUUAGUUACAUAGAUUGAUAUCUGUAUAGGUAUAGGGCUGUUUUUAACCUCUUCCCCUGCUCUGCUUCCUCCCUCACCUCUUGCUUUUCCCCCUGUGCCCCCUCUGUCCCCUCUCCCUGUGCUGGGUCCGAGCUGGCGGCCGGGCCGGGCGGAGCAGCAGUUCCAGCCCCGGGUGUCCCUGGAGCGGUGGGAGCUGCCGGUGGCCCCAGGCACUGUCCCCUGAGGAGCUGCUGCAGGACGCUGCAGUGAAGACCUAGAGGACAGCCGGAGACUGACGGGAGCCAGCAGGGAGAAGCUGAAGGCCAGCAGCAAGAGCAGGGAACGGGGACCUGCUGCUGCCACGCUGGAGAGAGCCCGGCUGUGCCAUCUGCUGUCCCUGUCCAGGAGAGCUGCUCUGCACAGGAGGAAGAGACCGAGGGAGAGGCUUUGAAGAUGGGGCAGCUGAGAUCCCUCUGCUUGCAGUUCUGUUUAGAGAUACAUGGACUUGCACAUAGACAGUGAUAAUUACAUAGAUAUUUACAUAUGGAUGUUGCCAUUUGUAUGGGUUUUUUUCUAUAUGUCUGUUGUACUAUUUAUGGGUGUAUGCUCUGUAUAUAUUUGUAUAUAUAUAUACAUAUAUGUUUGUGAUUACAUAUAUGUGUAUAUAUGUAUCUAAGUAUACAGGUAUGUUGUUUCAUCUGUGUUUAGUUCUAUUUCCUAUGUAUGCAGUUUUGUUGCUAUUUAUGUCUGUUGAUGCAGUCAUAGAUCUAUGGCUCUUUAAAUAGGUACAUUGGUAUUUGUAUUGGUAGAUGCGUCUAUUUUCAUACCUUCAUAUGUAUAUUGAUCCAUCUCCGUGUGUAAUUAUUUUUACGUAUGUAUCCAGAUGUAUAGCUGUAUAUUUGUAUUGUUGUAUAAAUAUCCAUUUGUAUGGAUAUUUAUCUUGGCACAGUGAUAUUUGUAAAUUCUAUAUCUCUUUAUAUAUAUAUAUGUUCUAUAUCUCUUUAUAUAUAUAUAUAUAUGUUCUAUAUCUCUUUAUAUAUAUAUUGUAUAUAAUAUGUAAUAUUUAAUCUAUAUUUACGUCUAUUGUUAUAUAUGUGUUUAUAUAUAUGUGUGUGUAUAUAUGUAUUUAGUUCUAUUUGCACAUGUAUGGCAAUCUAUAGUUGUAUAAUUCUCUCAGUUGAGUUCUUGGUACAAGGUUGCUUGGGGAGGGAAUGCAUAUUUCUAUAUUUCUAUAUGGGCUGUUUGCUUGUAGGAUUAUGUAAUAAAUUAAGUUGUUAAACACUUAAUUGAUCUUUGUGUAUAGUGAGUUGUUGUAGAGGUUGGCAAUAAAUUAAUUUUGUUAACUGAA